AUGACCCUCUUAUUCUAUCUAUCUGUUAAUCAACCUUUCUGUCCCUUUUCAUAUCUAUCUAUCUAUCUAUCUAUCUAUCUAUCUAUCUGCCAAUAUCAAUCAACCUUUCUGUCUUUUUUCUUUUCAUAUCUAUGCCUUGCCAUCAAGACUCCUCAAACCUCCAAUCUCCCGAUCAGAGGCCUUACGAUUCUGGCUUCUGAAAACCCCCAUCUCCCGAUCAGAGAACUUACGAUCCAGGCUCCUAAAAACCUCCAAUCUCCCGAUCAGAUGCCUUGCGAUCAAGACUCCUCAAAACCUCCAAUCUCCCGAUCAGAGGCCUUACGAUUCUGGCUUCUGAAAACCCCCAAUCUCCCGAUCAGAGAACUUACGAUCCAGGCUCUUAAAAACCUCCAAUCUCCCGAUCAGAUGCCAUGCGAUCCAGACUCCUCAAAACCUCCAAACUCCCGAUCAGAGAACUUACGAUCCAGGCUCCUAAAACCCUCCAGUCUCCCGAUCAGAGGCCUUGCGAUCCAGACUCCUCAAAACCUCCAAUCUCCCGAUCAGAGGCCUUGCGAUCCAGGCUCCUCAAAACCUCCAAUCUCCCGAUCAGAGACCUAG